CGUCAAACUAUCAAGUGUGGACCGUUAGCAGAGGAAGAAGGAUCGCUCUGUAUCUGUUGCAGUGCAGUCAUUUCAGCAUAGUUAUUUAACAAUAUUAGUUACGGCCGAACCUUAUGCAUCUAAUCAUGUGUUAGCUGUUUGGCAAGGUUAAAGCUACGAUUGGGAAAGUUAAGUCUGACCACUGGCUUACCCGGGAAAUAUACUUUGAAGAUGGAGAUUUAAGGAAGCAGCUUAGAUGGCUGGUAAUUUUUAUUUUGAUAUGCAGGAGUUAACAGGACUUCCAGUCAGAACAGCUCGCGGUCAGUUCGUAUUGCUAGUGACUAGGUAGCCGGGUGAUUAAACUGUUGGACGACUGGUUAGUAACCGGGAUAGAGUGCGGAUUUUGUUUAAUACGGGUGUGCUGAUAGUGGUGAAGUACUUGGGCGGUUAACCCGAGAGCAAACGGAAUCGUAGCCUGGGAUGGAGAUGCGGCAGGCUAGCUACCCGAAAUAGCCGGAGGCGGUGUUCUAGCCGUCACAGAAUCUCCGGAGAAGCGGGCGUGUGUUUCUGGUUAUCCGGCGUGCGAAUGAACGUUGUCAGUGGGAAUAUUUGAACAGUGAGUGCGGUUUAAGUGGUAAAAGAUAACUGUCCGAGCUCAGCUAAAAUCGGUGUCCGAAACCCCACAGUCACACCCCGUAGUUGGCUAAGGAAGGCUAGGUAAAUGGAGUACUUAACCUAGGCGGAAGAAUAAUGUCCGGUAGUUUAGGAAAAAAAAAAAUAUGUUUAAUUCAUUCAUUAGCCUGUUUUAAAAGAAAAUUCGGUAGUUAUUCUCAUUUCACGCUUAAGUGGUCGGACCGUGACAGUCCUAGCUAACCAGUGAGAUUUUUAGACAGGUAAAUGGUACCUUGUUGUUGCCGAGUUUCGGUUUACUUGAGGGGGAUGCGUUUUUAUGGAAGAAGUUUUUGGUAAAUGUGUUUGUGCUUCGGAAACAUGGGAUGGACAGAAUUGUGAGGUGGAACGCAUGUGGUGUUAGGAGGAGGUCGUGGACCGUGAUGUAGGUCUGUUUCAUUGCUGUACAUCCAGAUAUAACUAUUUCGACUGACUCUGAAGGGAACUUAAUUGCAUGUCGGAUCAAGAGCUGCUGCUUUCCGUCAGUUCUGGAGUGAGAGCCCUUCCAAGCCAUCACCUUCAUCAAUGCCGUCGGCACUGGCGGUGUUCACCUGCCGCCCAAAUUCGCACGCCUUCCAGGAGCGCCAUGUGUACCUGGACGAACCGGUCAAGAUCGGCCGCUCGGUGGCCCGGUGUCGGCCGGGGCCCAACAACGCCACCUUCGACUGCAAGGUCCUGUCGCGGAAUCAUGCGCUGGUGUGGUUCGACCACAAGCUGGGCAAGUUCUACCUCCAGGACACUAAGAGCAGCAAUGGUACCUUUGUGAACAGCCAGCGCCUAAGUCGGGGCUCAGAAGAGAGCCCCCCCUGUGAGGUCCUCUCCGGUGAUGUCGUCCAGUUUGGGGUGGAUGUAACUGAGAACACCCGAAAAGUCACCCACGGAUGCAUCGUGUCCCUCAUCAAGCUGUUCCUUCCUGACGGCCUGGAAGCCCACAGACGAUCCGAUGUGACUCCAGUACCCUCACCCCUUCCUGUGGACAAGGUCACUGCCAAUACCCCCAGCAUGUGCUCUCAGGAGCUGUUCCAGCUUUCGCAGUACCUUCAGGAGGCCUUACACAGGGAGCAGAUGCUGGAGCAGAAGCUGUCUACGCUGCAGCGACUCCUCUCCAGAACUCAGGAGGCUUCCAAGGGCAGUUGGCAGGCACUGAUCAGUGAAGACAGGCUGCUGUCUCGGCUGGAGAUGAUGAGCAGCCAGCUGCAGGUGUACUCCAAGAAUCAAACCGAGGAUAGCCUCCGGAGGGAGCUAGAGGCCUUACAGGAGGACAAACACAAGUAUGAGACCACGGCGAAGGAGUCCCUAAUGCGGGUUCUUCAGGAGAAAAUGGAAGUGGUCCGUAAACUCUCAGAAGUGGAGAGAAGCCUCAGCAAUACGGAAGAUGAGUGCACGCACCUGAGGGAGAUGAGCAAAGCUGCACGCAAGGACCUGGGAGAGCUGGCCAGCAAGUACAACGGCGCCCUGAAGGAGGCCAAGGACCUGGCGGAGAAGCUGAAGCUCGCGGAGGAGUGUCAGGAGGAGCUGACUCUGAAGGCCCAGCGUGAGAAGGCAGCGUUGCAGCUCCGCAUCGCCGCUCUGGAGGAGCGAGAGCAGAGCCUGCAGGCCCGCAUUGAAGCCCUGCAGGCUGACAACGACUUUACCAACGAGCGCCUGGCCGCCCUGCAGGUGAGGUUAGAGCAGCUUCAGGAAAAGAGCAUCCAGGAGAACAUCCUAGAUCACUUGCUUAAUAAGAGCGGGGGCGACUGUGCAUUCAUCCAGCAGCUCAUUGAGUACCAGCCUGUGAAGCAGUUUAAAGAGGCGGUGGAUUCGCCGUUGAGUAAGAUCUCCAACAAUAAUGAUGCUAAACCGUCGGCUAUGUCAGACACACUCAGUCGGAGCAAGGAUAAAAGCAGCGAAGACACUACAGACGACCAAAUGGAAAACCAAGAGCUGAAUGAAUCUCUGAGUCAGGUCACUCUUGUUAAAGACACUGAACAGGAGCCCACCAACGCAGCGGAGGUCAUCCAUAAUCUGCAGGGGGAGCUGUUGGUGGCCCAGGAGCUCGCUAACACCAGCCAGCAGAAAUGCAUGGAACUGCAAGCCGCGCUGGAGCAGGAGAGAAAGACCAGCCGACAGCAGAUGGACGAUUCUGCUAAGCAGAUACAGUAUCUGCAGGCUCAGCUGCAGAAGCUGCAGACAGCGAUGGAGGAUCUGCAGGAGCAGAAGGAGAGUGCCAUCUCGGAUGCCCGGGAGGAGCUGUGCGCUGCCCAGGAGGAGGCGCUGACGCUGCGGCGGGCUGUGCAGACUGCCGCCGCCGAGCGUGACCGCGAGAUUGGCGCCAUACAGGGUAACCUGGGCGCUGUCACCGCUGAGCUGGACAAGUGGCGGCAGGCGGCGGCCACAUACGAAAUGGAGAUCGGCUCCCUGCAGACCAGCCUGCAGCGGCAGAGCCGGCAGUGUGAGAGGGCCGUCGAGCUGCAAGGUGAGCUGGAGAAAUUGCAGGCAGAAUGCAGAAACCUGAAGCGGGAGUGCAUGGAACUGCGCUCUGAGAAGGAGAUUCUCCUGAAGAGGCUGCAGGACCUGGAGAAGGAGCUGGCCAGAUCUCAGGAGAAGACCGCCACCCUGAGCAGCAGCCUGGAGGACCUAGAGAAGAGCCGAGGGGAGCUGGAGAGCUCCCUGGGCUCGCUGGAGGAGCAGCAUCAAAACAGCACAGCCAAACUGCAGGCACAGCUGGCCCAGGCGCAGAGCAGAACUAAGGACCUGCAGAAGGAGUACGAGGAGAUCCAGGCGCAGCUUUCAGGCCUGCAAGAGCGCUUCGACCAGACGGAGCUGGAAAAGCAGUCAAUCAGUGACGAGCUGCAGCAGUGCAAGGUCGACCUGAAGCUGCAGCAGGAGAAGGGCAGCAGUAGAAGCUGGGUGCCCUGGAUGUCAGUGGUGGUUCUGAUGGUCGCCGUGACUGUGGGAGUGCUCUACCCCAGCCUGGCCAAAAGUUCUGCCUGAGAUUGCUACUGUUGCCUCAUGUGCUGCCACAUCACACUUUCCAUCUGAUCAUGGCCCUUAUUCCUGGGUCCCCUGGGUCCAACCCUACCCCCCCACCCCACCCCACCCCCAUUGCCUCUUGUUCUGAACUUGCCAUUGUUUGAGAAUAGAAUUGCAAGCUAAUUUCUUUAUUUAUUGCAGGGAAGAGAAAGAAAUUAAGAAAUUAAAAAUUGUGACUAGUAUAGUGAAAAUACUUUAUCAGCAGUUGAUUCGAUUUAUUUUUAUAUUGACAUGGUAGCCUAAACUAGGCUUUCUUUGAGAAGUACCAAACAUAUCCUUUGUUUGGAAGGUUUUAGAUGGAGUCUGGAUAAAGUGAUUGUAAAGAAUUUGAUUUUAGGAUUCUUUUUUCCCUGGCAGAGUUCCUGUAAAUAAAUAAACUAUGAAGUAAAGAUGCAAAACAA